AUGCAAGAACAGCAAGAACCGGAAAUAAAGUUCCCUAACCAUAUAGUUGAGCUUGCAUUACAAGAACAAGAAAUAAAGGACCGAAUCUGGGUUUUAAUUACUGGGGGUGAUAAAAGUAAGACUAUUUCCUUUAAAGAAAUGAAGGAACUUAGUGAGAUUUUAUGUCUUAAUUUGUGCGAAGAAGAGAUAAACUCUGCGUUAUUUUGGGGGAAAUAUGGCAAUAGUGAAAAUUUUAAAAAAAUUCAAAAUGCUUGGCUUCAAGUCCAAACAAACUCAUCUAAUUCACAGGAAGAUGAUGACGACUCCAAAGUAGAGUCAGAUUCAACGAAUUCAUAUAGUAAAGAGUCUCUAAAAAAUAUCGAGUUAAGUUACACGGAUUUCUGUGAUAUUUUUGAAAGAAAUGAAAGGAGUUGUAAACGUAGAUUAACAAAGAAAAUUGAUUUGAGGAAUGUAAAAUAG